GGGACGGGGAAGGGGUGUGGGGGGCAGGCCGCCAGGCCGCUGUUUGUUGUCAUCCCAAGAUGGAGUUUCUGCUGGGGAACCCCUUCAGCACCCCGGUGGGGCAGAGCCUCGAAAAGGCCACAGAUGGGUCUCUGCAGAGCGAAGACUGGACACUGAACAUGGAGAUCUGUGACAUUAUCAAUGAGACAGAAGAAGGCCCCAAGGAUGCCAUUCGAGCGCUGAAGAAGAGGCUGAAUGGAAACAAGAACUACAGAGAGGUCAUGCUGGCGCUGACGGUGUUGGAGACCUGUGUGAAGAACUGCGGCCAUCGCUUUCAUGUCUUGGUGGCAAACCGCGACUUCAUCGAUGGUGUUCUGGUGAAGAUCAUCUCGCCCAAGAAUAACCCCCCCACUAUUGUCCAGGAUAAAGUAUUAGCCCUGAUUCAGGCUUGGGCUGAUGCCUUUCGAAGUAGCCCUGAUUUAACUGGAGUAGUGCAUAUUUAUGAAGAGCUCAAGAGGAAAGGCAUCGAGUUUCCCAUGGCAGAUCUUGAUGCUCUGUCUCCAAUACACACACCACAGAGGAGUGUCCCUGAAGUUGAUCCUGCAGCAAAUAUGCACAAUUCCCAGCCUCAGCAAAGGAUGAGCACCAGUUCUUAUUCGUCAUCUUCUCCGACAGCGUAUUCUCCUCAGGCCCCAGCGUUGAAUGUGACUGGUCCCAUCACUGCUAAUUCCGAACAGAUUGCCCGGCUGCGCAGCGAGCUGGAUAUCGUCCGUGGGAACACAAAAGUGAUGUCUGAAAUGCUGACAGAGAUGGUACCUGGGCAAGAGGAUUCCUCAGACCUUGAGUUACUCCAGGAGCUGAACCGGACCUGUAGAGCGAUGCAGCAGAGAAUUGUGGAGCUUAUCUCACGAGUGUCCAAUGAAGAAGUCACAGAGGAGCUGCUGCAUGUGAAUGAUGAUUUAAAUAACGUUUUUCUCCGAUAUGAAAGAUUUGAGCGCUACAGAUCGGGACGUUCAACACAAAAUGCCAGCAAUGGAGUACUGAAUGAGGUGACAGAAGAUAACUUAAUAGAUCUGGGUCCUGGCUCUCCAGCUGUAGUGAGCCCAAUGGUUGGAAACUCGGCUCCCCCGUCUUCACUUUCUUCACAGCUUGCAGGGCUUGACUUGGGUACAAACAGCGUCAGCAGCACACUCAGCUCUCUCCAGCACUCCAAUCCUCGUGAUGACUUCGACAUGUUUGCACAGACAAGAGGCAGUUCCUUGGCUGAGCAGCGAAAGAACGUGACAUAUGAGGAUCCACAGGCUGUCAAAGGACUAGCGUCUGCCCUGGAUGUUCGAAAACAGAACACAGGAGGGAGGAGAGGUAAAGGUGGGAACUCAGACAUGGAGCCCAUAGACAAGUGGCUAAUUACACAAGGAAUGAUCCCUGUUGCACAGUCCUCUGUCAUGGAUGACAUUGAGGAGUGGCUCAGUACCGACUUGAAAGGAAACGAGCCAGAAGAAGGAGUGACCAGUGAAGAGUUUGACAAAUUCCUAGAAGAGCGAGCCAAAGCGGCGGAGAUGGUUCCCAACCUGCCCUCCCCUCCCCAGGAGACCCCCACCCCUCCAACAAACCCUGCCAGCAGGAAAAAGCAGGAGCGCUCCGAGGAUGCCCUCUUUGCACUGUGAAGAUCGCUCUUUGCCACCCUCCCACCCCUGUGCUCUGCAGGCGAAUGGCUCUGUGCGGCCACUCUGUCCUCCCACAAUAACAACGACCUCCUUCCUCCUGAGUUCAUAGAUUGCUUCUCUUUCCCUCCCCUCCUUCUCCUCCCCAAACAGCCCACCCCCACGAGCUGACUCUUUCUAUUUAAGCCCAACACUGUUCCUGCCAGACCACGAUUCUCCAGCACUCGCUUAAUCCCCUCCUUCCUAUCCCAGCUGCACAAAACCAGCUCUGGAUGCUGAAACCCCUUUAGAAUGCAUGAGUACGUCACACUGCGUUGAAACAAAAGCCCAGAGGGGAGAGAGCAGCCUUGCCCUUCAAUUUAUGUAGGGAUCAUCCUCUUCUGUAGGCAGGUCCUGCCAAGUAGACUGCUCUGUCGAUCAGCAUGUAAUUGACUGAGCUGGAAUGUUCAGGAGGAGCGUGUCUUUAUUUUUAGAUGAAAUGGUAAUGGAUUGGC